AUGAACUCUACAAUCGAACAUGCUAUUUCGAUGCUACAUUUGUUUAAAGGGGUCAAAACUCAAUUGGACCCUGCUUUAAAGAGCUUCUAUGCGUGGAAAGCUCCUCCGACAGAUUUCUUGAAGCUUAAUGUAGAUGGAGCGACCUUUCAUCACCUUCACAAAGCUAGGAUUUGUGCUGUUCUACGAGACCAAGCAGGAAAAGUGUUAAUGGCUACCUCAAAAGGAGAAAGGGGAGUGGCUGAUCCAGAAAUGAUAGAAUUUCUUGCGGUUCUCCGAGGGCUUAAGUUUGUGGUGUCGAUGGGCAUCUCUCAGUUAAUCAUUGAAUCAGAUUGCCUCUUCAUUGUUUCCCAGCUCAAUGACGCCGAAUCUGUUACCCUAUCCCCUUGGGCCUCCAUCAUUGCUGAUAUUAGACAUCUUUUGUUUGCUUUUUUGGAUGUAAAAAUAUCUCAUGUGAGUAGACUAUGGAAUGGGAUAGCUCAUGAACUAGCUAGACAUACGUGGCAAGUUGAGUCCAUUCAAAUGUGGUGGGAGGGAUUUUCGGACUUUAUCUCUCAAGCUAUUUGGCUUGACAGUCGUCUGUAA